UUCUAUUCUCUAGUCUUGUUUGUGUUAAGAUAUCAUUAAAAGCAUCACAAUCAAUUGGAGAACAAAAUAACACUACUACACGGCCUAGCAGUUCCGAAGUACCUUUCAAGCGUGUGGAAGCGUGAGAACCAAUCAGAAAAACAAGUAGAGCAAGCAAGCUAAAGCAGAGAGGUUGUUUUUUAAAUAUAUAAGGUUGGUUGGAUGGGCACUGAAGUUCUAAGGAGGAAUGGGGAGGCAACCUUGUUGUGAUAAGCUUGGUGUGAAGAAAGGGCCAUGGACUGCAGCUGAGGAUAAGAAGCUAAUAAGUUUUAUACUCAACAAUGGCCAGUGUUGCUGGCGUGCCGUGCCGAAGCUUGCCGGACUUUCACGGUGCGGCAAGAGCUGUAGGCUCCGGUGGACGAACUAUCUCCGGCCUGACCUUAAAAGAGGUCUACUAACUGAGUCUGAGGAGCAACUUGUCAUUGAUCUCCAUGCUCGUUUAGGCAACAGAUGGUCUAAGAUUGCGGCGAAGUUGCCAGGGAGAACAGACAAUGAGAUCAAGAACCACUGGAAUACUCACAUCAAAAAGAAGCUUCUGAAGAUGGGGAUUGAUCCAGUGACUCAUGAGCCUCUUAAUAAAAGCUGCUCAUCCAGUCCUAGUGCACCAGUUGAAACUAAGACAGAUGAUUCUAGGUCGCAGUUAAUACAAGUAAACGAAAGGCCAGAUAUGUUACAAAGUCCAUCAGAGAAUAAUUCAAGCUCAAACAUCAAUGGUGAUGAUCAGGACUCUCUACCUCUACCAAGCUACAUAUGGGAAGAGGGUGAUAAACCACUUAUUGAUGAAUCAUGGAGUUUUACUAGCAACCAAGAGGAUUUCAACAGUGUCAUUGGCUUGCCCACUUGGGAAGAGAACUGUGAGUGGCUUUUGGAUUAUCAAGACUUCAGUAUAACUGAUGAUUUCGGAUUGAACAGCUCUUAACAGA